GCUACUUCCCUUUCCCGGUCAUCAUAAUUCCUCUCUUGAUUCUUUCUGGAUCCAAGAAAGAUCAUUAUUUCGAGAGAAUCCCAUUAAAGAAGGAACAGAAAAUAGAAAAAUGUCACCAAAAAGAAUGUUAAACGGCCAGUUUUAUCAUCUAUUGCCACUGUUAUUUCUUGCCUCAGCGACCCUGCUUCAUAGUGGAAACGGUAUCGGGGUGAACUGGGGAACCAUGACGACCCACCAGCUCCCGCCGGAUAAAGUGGUGAAAAUGCUGAGAGAUAAUGGGGUUCACAAGCUGAAGCUCUUCGAGUACAAUGAAAGGAUUAUGACGGCUCUAAUUGGGACGGAUAUUGAAGUGAUGGUGGGGAUUCCGAAUAGCAUGUUGAAACAGAUGAGUGAAGAUCCUGGAGCCGCCGAUUCUUGGGUUUAUAAUAACGUCACUGGUUAUUGCUAUGACGGCGGAGUAUAUAUCAAGUAUGUUGCAGUGGGAAAUGAACCUUUCCUUCAAACAUACAAUGGCACCUAUCUACAAUACACAUUACCAGCUCUCAAAAACAUCCAGAGAGCGCUUGAUGAAUCCGGGGUUAAAUGUCAGUACAAAACCACGGUUCCAUUCAAUGCCGACAUCUAUAACUCCCCGGAGUCCAAUCCAGUUCCGUCUGCAGGUGACUUUCGGCCUGAGGUCAAGGAUCUCACGAUUGAAAUAGUCCAGUUCCUGUAUUUACAUGAUGCGCCUUUCACUGUCAAUAUCUACCCUUACCUCAGCCUUUACGGAAACGAUUACUUCCCCGUGGAGUUUGCGUUUUUCGACGGAUUAAGCAAGCCUCUCAGAGAUAGUAAUAGAGUUUAUAAAAAUGCAUUUGAUGCUAACCUUGAUACUCUGGUUUAUGCUUUGAGUAGAGCUGGAUUCCCUGACAUGGAGGUCAUAGUUGGAGAGGUUGGUUGGCCAACCGAUGGUGACAAAAAUGCCAAUACCAGAAAUGCAAAGAGGUUUAACCAAGGAUUAAUCAAGCAUGCUUUGAGUGGAGAUGGAACCCCAGCCCGGAAAGGAAAGAUCGAAGUUUAUCUAUUCAGCCUCAUCGAUGAAAAUGCUAAAAGCGUCGAGCCUGGUGGAUUUGAGAGACACUGGGGGAUUUUCGAGUUCGAUGGAAAGCCGAAGUAUCAGCUCGAUUUAACAGGUUUAGAACUUGAAAAAGGGCUAGCUCCGGUGGAAGAUGUGAAGUACCAACUCAAAAGAUGGUGCGUUUUGGAUCCUAAAGCGACCGAUUUGGAUGAGUUGCCUGAAAGUGUUAGCUAUGCUUGCAGUUUAUCGGAUUGUACUACUUUGGGUUAUGGUUCUUCAUGCAAUCACUUAUCUGCUAAAGGAAAUGCUUCUUAUGCUUUCAACAUGUACUAUCAAGUGAAUAACCAGCACAUUUGGGACUGUGAUUUCUCCGGUUUGGCUAUUGUCACCGACGAUAAUCCAUCGGAGGAGGGUUGCCAGUUCCUGGUCAUGAUAGCUUUUGCUCAUUCUUCAUUGCUGCUUCACAACUAUGAUAGUCUUUUGGAUGUUUUACUGAGAAUUAUUGGAGGAUUUGUUGUUCUAUUUUCAAUUCUGAUAUGAAAGAUCUUAU